AUGUCGUUCAUGUCGCAUGAGGUCUCAUAUCGCAAGAAGAUCGAGGCAAGCUUUUCGGAACACUUGGAGUUGCACCACUUUCCCUUGGACCGCCAACUCUGCCGUAUCAAGCUCAUUGCUGAGAGUCCCAUUGAGGAGUUCCAGUUUGUGAUUCGCAAGAAAGACAAGCCUCAUCAUCCCUCUCGAUGUAUUGGGACCUUUGAGGUCGCCAAGGACAAAAGCGGUGAGAAGAUUCCUGCCAUUGCCUAUGUUCGCUAUUGCGACCAUGAGUGUCCGUUUCCAAAGCAAAGAUCUAUGGUGAACGUGCUUUUUCAUCUGGACCGAAAGGGUGACUAUUACUUCAACAACAUCUUGAUUCUGGUCUUCCUAGUGAGUACAUGUUUUUUGGCCGUGCUCUCCUACCGCUACAUCAUCAAUGAGAUCUUGCCCCGCAAGGAAUAUUUGACGGCGGCGGAUUGGUACAUCAUGUUUGCAUGUAUGUUUUUGAUCCUUAUUUGUUUGCAAACCAUGGCCUUUGCAGUUUGGAGUCGCGCAGGUGAAGACGAACAGCAGCACUGCAUCAGAUAUCCGUGGGAUUUGAAUACAUUGGAGUUCUAUGACUACGCCAUAGGCAUCUUCAUGUUCAGCUGCUGGGUCGCAGCCAACUUAUUUCUUUGGUGUUUGUGGAAGCUUUGGAAGAGACAGAAUUGGUCCUCCGUCUAUUUGGAGAAUGAAGAGCCCUGGGCUCCGAUCCAGGAAUGUGAAGCAUGUGGACUCCAAUUUCUCAGCUCACAAUGUGAACAUCAGAAGCACGACAGAAUCAACUGCUCGAGCUGUGGGAGCUAUGUGAAGAGAAGGUAUCUAACGCCUGAGGAGCAUCCGGAGCCCUUGGUGCCUCAAGAACCACUUCCUCCUUGUUCCUGA